AUGUCUGUUGUCAGUACUUCGGGCAAUACGCCCAAGUCGAUGUCUACAAGGCUAUUGACGAUGAAAUUUAUGCAAAGGGCCAGUGGAUCUCCUCUGUCAUCAGUUUCUGAUCAAACUGAACCGAUGUCUAAGCGGCAGAAAAGAGAAAAAAGACAACCCUCGAGGCAGGAAACAGAAAUGUUGGAUGAUAGGAAAGCUUUUCUCGAAGCUACGGUUCAGGAAGAAGAAAAAAAGCAAGCGGCUUUGGAUAAGUUAGCCGCCGCAUAUGGUGAUACAAGAUGGGUAUUGAAUGAUGCAGGUCAAACGCACCCAGUACCUAUCGCAUCAGUUCGUUUUGUACACACAGGCUAUGCCAGUCUAGACGUUCUUCCGCCAGAGAACUAUGCGGCUGAUAAGUCAGGAGAAUGGCCAGCAACAUUCGGCAGAAGAAGUUUUGGGAGAUUUAAUAAAGCAUUAGAGAAAUCUCAAAAUCCUCUCUUUGAAGAUUCAGAAGUUGAGUCUGAGACAAAAAAUAAAGAUGAUCAGCAAUCAACAGAUUCUGAAAAUACAAACAGUGAUGAUGAGGACCCUACUAGUCAAUUAAUUCGAGCAACCCAGCGUGAGAUGAAGAAAAAUACUGUGAACAAGCCCACCAAACGCUCGUCUAGGGCUAAUUCGGUGCAAUCAACUAAGAAGAGGCGCAAAGAAGAGGUAAAUCUUAAUAAGUUAACCUCUUUAAGUGGAAGACAGGAAAUUACACCCAAAUCCCAAAUUGAAUGUUUUUCAUGUGGUGGUCCACAUCGAAAAAGCGAAUGCCCCAGAAGGAAAAGACCUUUUACUGAGAGCAGUGAGGAAUUCUCACGGAAAGUAUCUAAGUUACAAUAA